AUGAAAAAUAGAUUAUGUAGUUUGAAAGAGAUUAUUCACUAUGUAUACCUCACUGUCUUGUCAAUCUCAUUGAUCGUAUCACUUUCUGCACCAUGUGUAAAGGUUAGUGCAAAGAAAAUGACCACGUGCUUUAAUUAUCGAUUAGCCAGAAAGAUUUCCAUAUGGUCUCGUUAUGGAAUCCAAGUACUUUUGUUUAUUUUCGUGGCAGCUGCUUGUUUUAACUUUAUCGGUAUCAAAAAGUCUCUAUGCUCUUUGCAUGCAUUUGGAAAGGAAAAUGACAACAGUUGUAACAAAUUCUCUGGAUCGAUCAACUAUGAUGACGACGACGGUCUCAACCACAUUACAGUUGAAUGGGGACCAAAGUCUGGUUUCGUCUUUUCAACACUAUCUGUUGUUUUGGUAUGGAGUUAUAUAUUUUAUCUUGGCUAUAUCUUUUGGGAUAGAUGUGUAAAGAUAUCAUUUAAAGCAUCUCGUUGUGAAUAUAAUCCAAAUCAACAAGGUCCCGGAUAUGCAUAUGUCGAUCAACAACAACAACAAAAGGACUACCAAGAAUCACUCAUUUCACAUAAUCCAGAUGACUAUGAUAAGGAAAUAUAA